AUGUCGCGCUACUUCGACCCGUCCCGCCCGCACAGCUCCCUUCGCCUUGACGGCAACUCUGACCGCUCCGACAAGGACGUCGUACGGACUACGACACCCGAAGUGCGCGCCGGCCGCCUCUGCGACCAGCUCGACCGUGCGAAGCGGCAAAUAGAAGAGCUUUCUAGCUCUGACAACGAGGCCUUCGCUGCACUUGCGCUGAGUCUCUUUGAGGAGGCUAUGACGAAGCUUGACAACGCGUGUCAGCUCGUCCAGCAUGCGCGAUCCAGCUCGGCGCGGGAGGACAAGGCUGGGCUGCCGCCGUUCGCCCGCGCUCUUUCGCCUCGCGACGACCAGCUGCGAACGCGCGACCAGGACGAGCUGCAUGACCACCGCAAGAAGGACAGUGACCCGUACCCCGCUUCCGACCGGGACAACUCGCGCAAGACUCGCACACCCGACCUUGCUGCGGCCGCGCCGUUCAAGCUUCCUGGUCGCCGUGACAAGGGCGAGUCUCACGGUCGCAAGGACGAGGACUACGGCGGAUACCCUCUUCGCAAAGAGCAGGAGCCGGUCAUCAAGCGCCCCUCUUCCUCCUACAGCCGUCGCGAUCCGUCUCCGCCACCGUCACUCAAGUCUGACCGGCCUCGUUCGUCCUCGAAGCACCGCCUCACAUCUCGCAAAGACGAGGAGGGCUUGCGUGACUCUGUAUCUCCUCGCCCGUUGUCGCAGACCUCGUCUCGAGUGCUCUCGCCGCCCCUCCCCUCAGCACCACCGGCCGAAUCCGACCCUCGCACAUCUGGCCGCCGGUCUUCCGUCUCGCGCUUCUUUACGACGCGCCCCUCGGACGUGAAGCCGACCUCGCCUAAGCUAGGCGACUCAGCCGGCGACAAACGCCCCUCGUCACGCUCCAGCGCCUUCAGUCAGCCUCCUCCCGCUGCUCCUCCGGUCAAGUCGCGCAGCUACCGCGACAUGAGCGACACAUCGGGCGACGACGACUUCGACCGGCGUUCAACGAGCGGCACGAGGCUAAGGUCUCGCUCCGUCGCUCGUUCCCGCACCGGCCACUCCGAGGAGGCGAGAAAGGCGCUCGAGAUGGCUUCUGCGCCGCCGUCCGCCGUUGAGGAGGACUACGGGCGCGAGCGCCGCGACGCUUUCAGGUCGUACGAGAAGAAGCGUGGUCCGCCUGUCUUGAGCGGAGCGAAGGUUGCGAGGGCUCUUGCGAAGGCAGCGAGCGAGGUCGGCGGACCUGCAAUGCUCUUCGCUCUCGCGACGGUGUCGAAGGAGUAUGGCAAGGCGGCCAACGAGGUCUUGUACAGUUCCAUCGUCGUCGACUCGCUUCGCCGCCUCGACCUUCUCAACCGCACGCUCGACUCGGACGCCUCGCUCGGCGAGCUUGUCAAGUCGCUCAAAGUCCGCCCGCUCGAUGGCGACAAGUCCGUCUCCAAGCCCGAGGCGCUCAUCAAGCCGCUUCGCCAGCUCAUCUCGCACAUGCCGAACCUCGUCUCGCUCGACGAGGACUUCACUACGGCCGAAUGGGACGUCCGCACCCUCACCGGCCAAGACUACCCUCUCACGUCGUCGUCGACAUCGCACAACCUCGUCUUCUUCCGCUCGGCCAAGAACUGGUGGGAAGUCGGCGCGCUUUACGCGCUCCUCCAGUCGCAGCCGAAUCUCAAGGAGAUCGUCAUCGGCGGCGCUGCCAUGGACCGCGACUGGCAAGGGUCAAAGCUCCUCUCGACGCUCUCCAAGCAGUCUCCGUCGUCCGCGCCAGCCCGCAACCUCGAGUCGCUCGAGAUCUCGGAGGUCAUGCAUGAAGAUACGCUCGCGCUCCUUCUGCGUGCGACUGGCGGAGAGGAGGGCAGGCUGCAGUCUCUCCGUGUUGGCUUCCAGUCGAUCGGCUCGACGGACGAUGACACGCCCCGCGCCUCCAUCGCCUCAGCCCUCACCAACGUCGGCUCAACGCUCACCCACCUCGCCAUUACGGCUCCAACCAAGUCCUCCGACGACACCACAGGACUCGUCGACGAACUCGUCGCCGUCGUGCCCCGUCUCGAGAUCCUCGAGUGGUCGGAGGGGACGGAUGUCCGGCCCAUCCCUCUCGGCUCGCCCCGUCUGCUCACGCAGUUGCCGAGGACAAUCCGAGUCCUCCGCGCUCGUUCGCUGAUCUCGGUCUCGACGGGCAAGGUGCUCGCGUUCCUGGACGAGGUGGAGCAGGGCGGCUUCAAGCUGCAGGAGCUCGACGUGCAGUGGGCGAAAGGGACCGGCGAAGACGAAGGUCACGAGCCGUGGUACAAGGAGCGGCACGUCGCGAGGAUCGAGGAUGUGGCCGCGGACUUGCGGAUCAAGUGCCGGAUUGGAAAGGGCGACGACUAUUUGGCGUUCAAGCGCGAGCAGUAG